CAUGGCCCACAAGCACCACUAUACAGUAACUGCUAGUCUAAGCAAUGAAACCUUGCACCAUGUACGCCAGAGUGGUACUAGUACUUUCUUUAUGUCUUUCCAAUGCUCUGUGUGUACCAGUAGCAGCCUGUGACUACAGAGAAGGAGACCAACCUGUGCCAGUCCUCAACAGCAAGUAUUCUAUUGUGGAUGGAAAUUUUUGUUGUCCCCUAAACUAUGCUGAUUCGAAUUGUAAAACGGAAGAAGAAAUGAAGUGCUUGUGUCCGCAUGGGAUGGUAGAUGAGCCUUGUCGACAUUGCCAGACCUGUGCUAAAGGCCUGGGAGAGGAAUGUGGAGGAACAUAUGGAAUAAACGGAGAAUGUAUGCAUGGAUUGCGUUGCAGUGCAGACCGCAAAAUAUAUUCCGACGGAGGAAAUGUCACUGGAAUAUGUUCAAAAGCUGUACCGAGAGUGGAAUAUGAGAGCUGUGGAGGUGUGCAUGGGGACUGCGAGGAGGGGCUUGACUGCACGGAGUUGGUUGGAGUACAUGUGUGCAUUAACUCAACUACCAAGCCAAAACCAGUUUGCUUUAAAAAUUGCACUGAGAGAAGAAAGCAGACAGUUUGCGGCACUGACGGACAUUUCUAUGACAACAUAUGCUUUCUACGUCAAUGGAAUUGCCUUGGGAAAAAUAUUAAAUUAUCAGAGAGCCAUCUAACGUGCACACAAAAUGCUUGUAAGCCUAUGUCGGCACCCUCAAAUGGAAGCGUUGUCUACACAAAUAGAAAUGUCACAAACAGCUCAAUUAUCACCAUUGACUGCAACUCUGGCUUUGAGAUUAAAAACGAUGCGACAACAAAAAUUGUAUUUACAUUCCCUGCCCAGCUCACUUGUGUGUGUGAGUCAUUAGGUUGUACGUGGCGAUAUGGAUCGAACCAAAAUAUCAAAGAAGUGGAUUUCACACAUCUACCACAGUGUAUCAAUACCAGAGAAAAAAACUGUCAAGAGGCAGCUAACGAUUCAGAAGAAACUCCAAAACGACAAAUCCAGAAUAACAAUAAUCGGAGUAAUUCAGCGUGAAAAACUAAACUGACUAGUUCUAUUAUUUUUGUGUUUUAUUGACGUGAUUAGUUCACCCACCCACAUACUGUACUGUUAAUUUGACACAAUCUAGUUGCAAAGAAGAGUUUGGCAUGACAUAAAUAUUUUUGAUACUGUAUUAAUUUUUCAUCCCCCACUAUACAUGCAUUCUGUGAAUAAUUCUUAUUAAUUUGAUGA